GAGAAAUAAGCGCGACAGUUCAAAGAAUCAAAACACUCUUCAAAAAUAUAUCUCCGUGAUUUUUCCUAUGAUAUUGUUGUUCAGAAUACAACCAAGAUGUUGCAUGAGUUACUGAUGGCACUCAAUGGAUUUCCUGGAAGCAUUUUCGUGGAACAUGAACAAAACAGCAUACGGGUUGUUCCAGAUCUUCCCUUCAUACAUGUAAGUGAAGUUGGCGUGCUCAACAGAGUUUGUCGUCUUGGGGCCAUCUAUAAGACUCUACAAACAUUCAUCAGUAGAUACAGUGGCAGUCCUCACUUGGGAGGUUACACAAAAGAAACUAAGCCAGUGGAUAGACUGUCUGAUGGACUGUACCUCAGGACAUUCUGUUCAGGUCUAGGCAAGGUCCUGGAACCCUACAGAAAAGCUUUAUUAGACCUGGAACAAGAUAUUUUAUCAGAUCCCAACCUGACCGUAGGCCAUGUACAGCACACCUUGGAACCAUUCCAGUCCCUCUUCCCAGCCCUUGUAUCACUAGCCCAACAGAUCCAGACCCAGGCUUACCAUGGAGGCCAGAUCCUGGAUCUUCUUCAGAGGCACUGUGACUGUGGCCAGCCUGUCAUUCAGCAAGCAUUACAGAAAAUCCUGUUUGCUUGCCACUGUGUAAUGUACCGUCAGGUAACAGCCUGGCUCCUCCAUGGAAUGUUGCUUGACCGUCAUGCUGAGUUCUUCAUCCACCAGACCACGGAGCCAGGCCAACUCUUGACCCCCAGUCCUGAUGACGAUGAUCUUGGUCUAGGCGGGGUCACCAGUACACAACUUCAAGAUAUCAUGCAACUCUCUGAAGAUGGAAGAUCGUCAGAGACAGAACACAGUCACUUUGCCAUCCAUCCUGCCAUGUUACCUAGCUACAUCCCUGCGAGGGCAGCAGAGAAGAUUCUCUUUGUCGGAGAGUCUGUUCAGAUGUUUGAAAGCAAGAAACAAAGCACAGCCAUGAAAUACACAGACUCUGUACUAGGUGAGAAUGAAGCUGAGUUUGCAAGCAGACUUCAUGAUCUUCAGGAGAAGCCUAUCUUCUCAGUCCAAGACUUUGAGGAUGCUGUAGAUGAGAUCAGAGUCUGUGUGGCUGAGCAUCUAUGGAAACUAGUAGUAGAGGAGUUCAACCUAGUAGGCAAGCUGAACAUGUUCAAAGAUUUCUUUCUUCUUGGGAGGGGUGAGCUAUUCCUUGCAUUCAUUGACCAGGCUCAGACUCUACUCAAGAACCCAGCUACAACCACUACAGAACACGAUGUAAAUGUGGCCUUCCAGCAAGCGGCUCAUAAGAUCCUCUCCGACGAUGACACCUCCCUCUCUAGGUUCAGAAUAACCAUCUCAGGAAAGAUCAGUAAACCAUCUUCCAAGAAGAGUGAAGGCAUGAGACCAGGACGAGGUAGUGCAGAGAGUGGUUGGUCAUGUCUUGGGAUGACCUUUGCUGUCCAGUGGCCCCUCCACAUUCUAUUCACCCAGAGUGUAUUAGAAAGGUACAACAUGUUGUUCAGGUUCCUUCUCAAUGUGAAACGGGUCCAGCUGGAGUUACAGCAGUGCUGGGCCGUUCAGAUGCAGCAUAAACAUCAGAACUUCAAGCGUUGGGAUGCAGCCCAAUGGAGGCUUCGUUCACACAUGGCCUUCCUCAUAGACAACCUUCAAUACUUCCUUCAGGUUGAUGUCUUAGAAACUCAUUUCAUCCAGCUCAUACAGAAGAUUGAAAUCAAAAGAGACUUUGAGGCCGUGCGUUUGGCCCAUGAUCAGUUCCUGGUCUCGCUCAUGGCCCAGUGCUUCCUCCUCUCAAAACCGGUUCAUCAUUGUUUGACAGAGAUCCUUGAGUUAUGCUACUCCUUCUGUAGUCUCAUGAUGCAGACCUCGACUGUUACAGAGAGAGAACUUACACACAUGGACAAACUAGCACAGGGUUUCAAUCGCCAGUCAUCGCUUCUCUUCAAGAUUUUAUCUGGGGUUCGUAACCAUCAUGCCAGCCCUCAUCUUACCCAGCUUCUCCUGAGACUAGACUUCAACAAGUACUACAGCCAGGCAGAGGGUGCAUUAGCAAGAUAGCCAACAAAGCAGACAAUGGGAAACUAGAGACAAGUUGACAUGUGUCUUAGCUCCUCAGUGAAUGACUUCUAGUAUGUUACAUUUAUGGAGACUGAAAUAUUUUUCAUACCACCUGGGAUGUUAUCUGUAGUUCAGUAGUCAAUGGAAAAUGUUCAUGUCAAAUUGUACAUCUUCUAAACUUCAAAGGAAGGAGCAUGGCAUCAAGAGCCCGACAGAAAGAUUUGUUUGUUUAAAGUUGAAAUAUAAAAUGAUUAUUUAUUUUGCAGCUAAGCUGAAAUUUUAGUAUUCCAUACAUUGCUUUAAUUUGCAGGACUUUUGUGAAUAUUGUAAAUACUCUUUUGAGAUCAAAGCAGAGAGCAUUUAUUUGAGGUACUGUAUGGCAAAAUAAUGAAUUUAGAGGGUACUUUCAAAUAUGAUUGCAUGACACUUUCUCCGGCAACACUUGUUCAGUGGUUAGUUUGUAACAUCUAUCAAAUUCAACCUUUAACCCAUCACUAAACCCAACAAGAAAAUGUACUCAAUAGUAUCUGAAGCUCUAUCCCUACAUUUUUGACAAACUUAAUAGAGCCUGAAGCAAACGUUUGCUGAAGUAAAAAUAGAUUGUGAACCUUGAGUUUAUGUAUACCAUGGCUCCGUCUUACAAAGACUUGAUAUCAGAUCGCAACUAUGUACAUAAGAGAUAGGAGACUGCAAACUUGCGAUUGAUUGGAGGACUGGAUUGAUUCAGAUCAAUCGUAACUCUUUGUAAGACGGGGCCCAUGUCUUGUGUAUUUGAUAGUAAAGUUUCUCUAUGAAAUAGAGAUGCGAUCACUCCCUCAUGUAUACUUGUAUACUUCCUGAUCUUGAACAAUAUCAUUCUUGUGAUUUUUGUGAAUAAAAUAUUAUACUGUUUA